AUGGAAAAACAAGGUGAUGGAGGUGAAAAUCUUCCUGAUGGAGCCAAUUCUCCAAAAAAUCAUUAUCAACCUUCUUUCUCCCCUAACCAUACAUCAGAAGAUCAUCAGAUCUGGGAAACACCCUUUUUUGAGUUUCCCUUUGAGCAUCAACCUCCAAUUGGUCACACUGACUUUGAAUUGGAAGAUUUAUCUAGUUGGCUCAAUGAUAUGGGUCCUGGUGACAAUUAUGAGAAUACAAAUAAUGUUUUGAUUGCUGGAAGUGAAAAUCAGAACAUGACAAAUAUUCCAACCUUUGAUGAUGGUGAACAAAAUGAAGAAAACAAUGAGUCUGCACAAGGGAAAGUGAUGAAUGAGGCUCCAAGUCGUAAAAGACGAUACUGGACUACUGAAGAGGACAGGAUGUUGCUGAGCUUAGUGAGUAAACAUGGAGCAGGGAAAUGGUCUCAGAUUUCCCAGGAGAUGGAUGGUCGUGAUAGCGUCCAGUGCCGUUAUAGAUGGAGUCACCAUUUAUGCCCUAAUGUCAAGAAGAAGGGUUCAUGGUCGGAUGAAGAAGAGAGGGUGUUUGUCGAAGCUCAUAAGAUACAUGGGAACAAAUGGACAGAAAUUGCAAAAAGACUUCCAGGACGGAGUGCAAACUCCGUUAAAAAUCACUGGAAUGUUGCGAAGAAAAAGGUCGAGAGGAAGGAAAAGGGUAAAGCCACCAUGCUGGAAGACUACUUCAAGAGCACAAUACUGAAAGGAACUGAUCCUUAA